AAUUUAUUGUGAAUGAAUGACGAAUAAAAAUUUGAAGUCUCUGAAAAAGAAGAUUAAUAACUCAAUGUCUUAAAUAAAUUAUUAUAUUUGUUUAAAGAAAAUCUUUCAAAAAUGGCACCACAACCUGUGGUUACAGGUUUAUCACCCAAGGAGGGUCCACCUGGAACGCGAGUUAUUAUACGAGGGGAGUUUCUGGGCACAAAAGCAUCAGAUCUAAUCGGUUUAAAAAUUUGUGGCUGCGAUUGUUUAUUAUCAGCGGAAUGGAAAUCUACUAAUAAGAUAAUAGGGCGAACAGGGCCAGGUAAAGGGAAAGGCGAUAUUAUAGUAACAACGAUAAGUGGAGGACAGGGCACGUCUACUGUGCAAUUUCGUGCCUAUCACGAAACUAUCGGUGGACCGUUAAAAGAAUCAGCGGUUUGGAUAGAGGAGUCGCCUGCACAGAAUUUCGCUUGGGGUCGACGAUCCUUGGCGCCGUCUGCUUUAACACAAGAAGAUCCUUUGGGACUGUCAAUCGAAGGAAACGAGCAAAAAAUACCAGAAGACCUGCGCGAUUUAUUACCUGAGGCGAGUGGUGAUUUAUCACAGGAGAGCUUUUCACCUGCGUGGUUCUUACUUGAAAAUCACUUAGCAACGUCUUUUGGUGACUUGAAACUUGGUUUGUCCUACUUAAAACGUAAAGUCGAAAGUCAAAAGGAAGGACAGUUGUCGUUUUUAAAAUCCAAUGCUGGAUCUGUUAUUGAUCAACUUGACACUCUGAUGAAUAUACGUGAUAAAUUGCAGGAAGACGGUCGUUUGUAUGGAAACGAAAUGCUAAACGUCUUGGAGGAUUCGAUACAAAAUUCGAUAGCGGAGUCGCAGAAAAUAUUCACAGAUGUCCUAAUACGUAAAGAGAAGGCGGACUCGACAAGAGCGGUUCUAUUUGCUUUGUCGAGACAUAAAUUCCUAUUUUGCUUACCAAACUCGGUGGAUAAACGAGCUCAAGCUGGUGAAUAUGACAUUGUAGUGAACGAUUAUUCACGAGCCAAAAAUCUGUUUGGAAAGACGGAAAUACCUGUAUUUCGAAAUAUAUUGGAGGAAGUUGAUCAGCGCGUGGUACAAAUUCGAAAGCAACUACAUGAAAAAGUUGUGCAAAUGCCCCAAAGCAUUGAGCAGCAGAAAAAACUUAUAAAAGCUUUAAUAAAUUUAGAGGUUCAGCAAUCCGGUACCAGCAUAGGUGAAAAAUGGCGCAAUGUAGAUCCUGCAUGGGAUGCUAUUGAUGCGCGAGCCAAAUAUUUGGAAUAUACAUUUAAGCAAACAUUUGAGCAAUAUAGCAACAAAGACAGUGCCGCCCAAGAAAAAGGAAAAAAUCGUGAUCCAAAUCUGCCGCCGGCGCGAGUAUUGUUUUGUGAAGAAAUAUGUGACAUUGCCGCGUCACAGUUGCCUGAAAUGUGGCGUUUGGGGCAGUUGUACUUUACAGGCGAGCUGCGAGGGCCCAAUGACCCUAAGCCAGGUGACUUUAAGCGUAUGAUUUUGAAUGCCAUAGAAAAACUUUGUACAUAUCUACGAGUCGCUAUACUAAUCAACUCUGAUUUGCGCACAAUAAGGCAAACUACCGGUUUAUCGUGGCCUAUUGGUUCAUCAUCAGCAACACAUCAGUUUUUGCCCUGGGUAACGCAGUGUUUGCGUUAUACACGCAUCACCUACGCCGCGCUUAUACAGCUGGAUUUACCGUCGGAAGCUUUAGAUAUCAUACAAAAGUUCAUUGAUGAAAUACGUCUAUUUUGCUUAACGAUUAUAUUUAAACGAGCUAUAGAACGUUCUGCCAAGUUAGGUGAAAGAGAAACCUGGGAGAUGGGUGUGGAAGACUUCCCUGGUGUGACCUUGCUACCGAGUUAUUUGGAAGAGCUUAUUAUUGAAACUUUAGAUGAAGUGCAAACAUCUUGUAUGAAUCCUGAAAUAAAAGAAGGCAAUUUGUUGGAGCCUCGUUCUGAUGGUCAACGCGAGAUUUCUACACGUUUACAAGAGUUCCUCUUAUCAUUUUGUGCAGUUAUCGAGGAAUUAGCAUAUCAGUCGCACGAUGAAGAAACUCCAACGCAUAAUAUAUCGCAGUUGCUCGGCUAUCCGCACACUGCUCAAACUUCAGGACGAUUUUGGUGUUCGACAGUUGUGACUUGGGAGCAGAGAAUGCUUUGUUGUUUGGCCAAUUGCUCAUAUUGCAACAAAAGUUUCUUUCCGCAUGUCGGCGAAAUAUUUGUCAAAUAUGGUUAUCCACUACCUACUUUAGCGAUUGAGGCUUCGCGCUAUGCUGUAAAUGAACUUUUUACCAAUUUACUUGAAGCUUACGUUGAACAUAAGGGAGAUCCACUAGUGGGCACCAUCGAGCCCUCUAUGUAUUUGGGACGCUUUCAGUGGGACAACGAAAUGGAAAUUGGCAAAUUACGGCCCUAUGCACAUGAGUGCUGUGAUAACUUAGUUGGCGUUUAUUCGGAGAUUUUCACGAUUUCACCCGCGCUGCUUAGACCAAUAUUGGAGCCUAUAGUGUUAACGGUUUCUGAAGAGUUGGCAAGGCUCAUGAGUUGUGUACAAAAAUUUAGUUACACAGGCGCAAUACAAGCAAAUGUGGAUAUACGUCUCAUACACGACGUGUUAAAUUAUUACACAAACGAAACGGGAAAGAAUUAUUUCAUGGAAGCUCUGGAAGCUAUAAAUCCUCCAUUAGACUCAGCACAGCUUAAGAAGGCCGAUGAGAUUCUAGAGCAUGCGAAGCAAAACAUGAGACUGCAGUUGAUGUGCUUUUCAGUGAAAGAUCCAUAAAAAAUAUUGGGUUCAAAAGUUGAAUAACCCUAGGUGCGAAACAAUUUUAAUGUUAUGUACCCAUUAU